CGUGACUUUAUUUACAAUAUGGCUGCGCCCAGGCACAGUUUGCUUCGAGUACUUUACACUUGCUGGCUCCUGUGGCUGCAGUCCGCAGAGUGCUUGGACGACAGUGAGGAAGAAGGGAGGCCCGGGGAAGAGGAGGAUCAAGGAGCCUGUGGUUGCAGCAACAGUCGGGCAAGCGGCGCGGAAGAAGCUGCGCGGAAAUACUCCCUCGAGGCGAAUAUUCCCCAGCAGCCAAAUAACCGCCGUGGAGAUGAGCAGUCGAAAAACGAGGGUAUGCAGAUGGCCUCUAUUCCAGCUGGAGUGUUUACAAUGGGAACUGAUGAGCCAGUUAUAAAACAAGAUGGAGAAGGGCCUGGAAGGAGAGUCCACAUUGGUCAUUUUUUCAUGGAUCUCUAUGAAGUCAGCAAUGCAGAGUUUGAGAAGUUUGUGAAUGCUACUGGCUAUGUUACAGAGGCAGAAAGAUUUGGUGAUUCCUUUGUAUUUGAAGGCAUGCUGAGUAAAGAAGUGAAGAAUGGAAUUCAUCAAGCUGUUGCAGCUGCUCCUUGGUGGCUGCCCGUUAAAGGAGCAAACUGGAAGCACCCAGAAGGCCCUGAUUCUGAUAUCUUAAACAGGUGGGAUCAUCCAGUUCUUCAUGUUUCUUGGAAUGAUGCUGUUGCCUUUUGCACUUGGGCAGGAAAACGAUUACCAACUGAAGCCGAAUGGGAAUACAGCUGUCGGGGAGGCCUUGAGAAUAGACUUUUUCCCUGGGGAAACAAACUUCACCCAAAUGGUCAGCACUAUGCAAAUAUUUGGCAGGGAGAGUUCCCUACAAGCAAUACGGAGGAAGAUGGCUAUAAAGGAACUGCACCUGUAGCAGCAUUUCCUCCAAAUGGUUAUGGCCUGUACAACAUUGUGGGAAAUGCCUGGGAGUGGACAUCAGACUGGUGGGAAAUUAAUCAUUCUGCAGAUGAAACAUACAGCCCAAAAGGACCUCCAAAAGGGACUGACCGAGUGAAGAAAGGUGGAUCCUACAUGUGCCAUAAGUCCUAUUGCUAUAGAUAUCGAUGUGCAGCCCGAAGCCAAAAUACGCCUGACAGCUCAGCUUCCAAUCUGGGGUUCCGCUGCGCUGCUGACAGUCUGCCAGACUACUUAAAGUGACAAAACUUGACAGCUUUGGAGAACGGAGAGAUCUCACCAGGCUUUGUGAAAGAGGAUGUAGCUGAAAGAUCCUACCUUUGUCUUGCCAAAACAGAAGAAACUGGAAAUUCUAAACAUUUCAACCAGCAGCUUUUGUUUUCUUGGAUCACUGUUUCUUAAAGAACCUGGGUUGCAUUUCCAUUUAGUUCACGCAACCUGAAAUGCACUGAUUAUUGAAUUGCUUUAAAUUUAACUUAACUGAAUCAUAUCAGUCAUUGUUUUGCUUACUCAAUUCAUUCAAAUGCUAGAUAGAUUUACAGAAGUAAUUAAGUAUAUUGUAUUUCUUUAAUUUAAAAAAUGGGUCUAAUUAAGAUGGAAUAGUAUACAUUAAUUAUAGGGAGAAAAAUAUCACAAGACAUUGUUCUGAUCCAAAGAAAUUUCAAGGCUUUUUGUAAUCAUAUUUGCAACAUAUUU